AUGGCGCUGUGGGCAAAGGCCAGGGUGUGGAUGGCAGGGCCCUGGCUGUCCCUGCACAGGGCACGCCCACUGGGCACCAGAGCCUCUGCAGCCCCCAAGGCGGUGCUGCCCUUCGAAGCCAUGCCCCAGUGUCCUGGCAACAAGUGGAUGCGGAUGCUGCAGAUCUGGAAGGAGCAGGGCUCUGAGAACAUGCACUUGGACAUGCAUCAGACCUUCCAGGAGCUGGGGCCCAUUUUCAGGUACGACGUGGGAGGGAGACACAUGGUGUUCGUGAUGCUGCCCGAGGAUGUGGAGAGGCUGCAGCAGGCGGAGAGCCUUCACCCGCAGCGGAUGCUCCUGGAGCCCUGGCUGGCCUACCAACAGGCUUGCGGGCACAAGUGUGGCGUGUUCUUGCUCAACGGGCCCCAGUGGCGUUUGGACAGACUGCGGCUGAACCCAGACGUGCUCUCGCUGCCAGCCCUGCAGAAGUACACACCCUUGGUGGAUGGCAUGGCCAGGGAUUUCUCCCAGACCCUGAAGGCGAGGGUGCUGCAGAAUGCUCGGGGGAGUCUGACCCUGGACAUCGCGCCCAGCGUCUUCCGCUACACCAUCGAAGCCAGCACCUUAGUGCUUUACGGAGAGCGGCUUGGCCUUCUGACCCAGCAACCAAACCCUGACAGCCUGAACUUUAUCCACGCGCUGGAGGCCAUGUUCAAGUCCACCGUGCAGCUCAUGUUUGUGCCCCGGCGCCUGUCACGGUGGACGAGCAGCAGCAUGUGGAGGGAGCAUUUUGAGGCCUGGGACUACAUCUUCCAGUACGCCAACAGAGCCAUCCAGAGAAUCUAUCAGGAGCUGGCCCUUGGCCACCCAUGGCACUACAGCGGCAUCGUGGCAGAGCUGCUGAUGCGAGCAGACAUGACCCUGGAUACCAUCAAGGCCAACACGAUCGACCUCACUGCUGGAAGUGUGGACACGACAGCCUUCCCUUUGCUGAUGACUCUCUUUGAGCUGGCUCGGAACCCGGAGGUGCAGCAGGCCCUGCGCCAGGAGAGCCUGGUGGCUGAGGCCCGGAUCUCAGAAAAUCCCCAGAGGGCCACCACGGAGCUGCCUUUGUUGCAGGCGGCCCUCAAGGAGACCUUGAGGCUCUAUCCCGUGGGUAUCACUUUGGAGCGGCAAGUGAGCUCGGACCUGGUCCUGCAGAACUACCACAUCCCGGCCGGGACGCUGGUGAAGGUCCUACUCUAUUCCCUGGGUUGAAACCCCGCCGUGUUCGCCAGGCCCGAGAGCUAUCACCCCCAAUGCUGGCUGGACCACCGGGGCUCUGGAAGCAGGUUCCCGCACCUGGCCUUUGGCUUUGGAGUUCGCCAGAGAAGCCAGGUGCCACAGUGGGAGACAGCUCGAAUCCUGCAGAAGGUGUCUGACGGCACCACGCAGGGCGAUGCACAGUCUCCGUGGCAGCUCUGCCUGUCCUCAUUCCACUGCAUCACCAAGCACACUCUCGACUUCCGCCAUCCCCACCUGAACACUGGGAGCGUGCAGGCUCGGGUGCCUCAGGGGCAUGUGGUCUGA